GUGAAGUGUGUGUGUGAGUGUGUUCGUGUUAGUUUGUGUAGUGAUUAUCGAUGGAAACAGAAGCGAAUGAUGCGGCGCAACCGUCCCCAUCGGUUGCUAAUGGGGAGGAAUCGACCAACCCAUUGCAACUGCCACCUGCAGGUGAUGGUGCAUCCGGCAUACAACCGCCGAAGGUGAGAGCACUGCCGAAACCAUCCGGCAUCAGGCCACCGACCGCGAAUCUGCACGGUGGCUCGACGAACUCGCUGGCGAGUACGAGCUCCCAGCUAACUACUGCCUCAUCUGCUGCAACCGGAACCGCCACAAGCACAACGUCCACCCGGAUAGGGCGGCUGUGCAUGGGGCAUACACCACCGAAGGCAGGGCCUCCGCCACCGGAACCAAAACUAUCUACACACGACAGCAAAAUGCGACGACCGAGCGAUUCCGAUUAUAAUAAAUCACAUCUACCAGAUGUGGACGAAGAAAGCGAAACGGAUCUAGCAUUCGAGCGGCCCAUCUCGACCAGAUCGUCCCACUCGCCGGACUCUGGCUUCAAAAGCAAUCGUUCCGACCGUAAGACUUCCAGCGCCUCCACCGGCUCCGACGUGUACUGGGAGGCCACCGGAAGACGCAGAAGCUCAGAUCAGGGUGCCGUACUGACGACGGACACGGACAGUUUUAUUAUCGGACAGCGCGUUUGGGUCGGUGGUAUACGCCCGGGACAGAUUGCCUAUAUCGGCGAAACACACUUCGCGCCCGGCGAAUGGGCCGGCGUUGUGCUGGACGAACCGAACGGCAAGAACGAUGGUUCGGUCGCGGGCAAACGCUACUUCCAGUGCGAGGCGAAGAAGGGUGUCUUCUCACGGUUGACCCGCCUGACCCGCGAACCGUUGGCGGCCGGUGGUGGCGGUGGUGACUCUACCGCCUCCACACCGCUCGAUGCGAGCUUCCGGUCACUGACGUCACCGGCACGGUCCGGUACCGUUUCGCCAACGCACAGCGUCCAGAGCUAUGCCAGCAAAUCGCCAGCCAUGGCCGGAAAGGCAGCCUCACUGAAUGUUGGCGAUCGGGUCAUAGUGUCGUCCGGGUUCGGUUCCCGACCAGGCAUACUGAAGUUUAUCGGCGAAACGCAAUUCGCCAGUGGCACCUGGUGCGGUGUACAGCUGGAUGAGGCGAGCGGCAAGAACGACGGUACGGUGGAAGGUGUCAGAUACUUCGAGUGCCCGGCCAAGUACGGUAUAUUUGUACCGAUUGCCAAGGUCACGCUGUCACCAUCGGGGCGCAAAACCUCGGCCCGGCUGUCCCGGGCCAACUCGAAGGAGUCGCUCAACUCGCUGGCCACGAUGAGCUCGAUCGCCACCACGGCCACCUCACGGCUCCGGAUGAGCGCACAGAGGAAAUCAACGGUCAGCGCUGUUCCGUCGACACCGAAAGCUUCCUUCUCGCUUCAGGAUGUUUUGCGGGAGAAACAAAAUCACAUCGAGCAGCUCAUGCAGGAGCGUGAAAUUGAUCGUGAGGAAACGGCCAGCCAAUCGAUCAUGUACCAAAAGAACAUCCAACAGCUGAAGGAAAAGGUUACCCUGUUGGAAAAAUCGCUGUCCGACGAGAAGCGUCGCAAUGAGGAUCUGCAGUUCAGCGUGGACGAAGCUACCUUCUGCAGCGAAGAGUUGAACGGAAAAAUUCAAAAUUCUGUCAAUGCUCAGACCCAGGUAUUUAAAGAAAAAAUAGCAGAUUUGGAAGCUCAGCUUGCCGGUGGUCCCUCAGCAAAAAGUAACCAAGUGGCACAAGUAACAGAUCCAUCAGAAAACUUCAUUGCUGUUAAAGCCGAACUGAAUGCCGAAAUCGAUAAAUUGAAAGCGGAAAUUUUGGCCAAAGAUCAAAAGUUGAAUCUAACCGAGGAGCUGAAGCGCUCGCUUGAAAACGAGAUACAGAACCUGCACGAGAAGGUCGCGGACGCGGAACGUUCCGCCGACAGUAAGCUGUCAGCGCUCACGAUCAGCGAGGAGUGUCUGAAGGAGCAGAUCAACUAUCUCGAGCAUCGGGUAGAAGAGCAAAGCGAUCAGCUGACGGUGAAAGACGCUGAGCUAGAGCAGCAGUACCUUGCGCUGAAAAAUGCCGAAAGCGAACAGGAAGAGCGGUUGGCGGCGAUUCAGGACGAGUUGCGGUCGAAGAAGGAUAUACUUGCUGAACGAGAAAAGGCGACACAAAUGUUGGAACAAACCAUGGAAGAUCUGCGCGCGGACGUGCGUCAGCGAGAUCUUAAGAUGGUGGAAAUGGAAAGUGACCUUAAAGUAAAGUUACAGGAACGAGACACCUCCGGUAGUAAGUUGUCCGAGAAGGUGGUAGAACUAGAGGCAACAAUUGCUGAAGUAAGCGCUUCAAAAUCAAAGUUAGAUCAAGAACUCACUAGUGUAAUGGAGACAAUCAAGGUCCUUGAACAAGACCGAAAUGAAAAGGAAAAAACGGUACAGCAAAUGGAAUCGAAACUAUCAUCAAGUGAGGCUUCGUUGCAGGCGGAAGUCGUGUUACGUCAGGAGAAAGAAUCGAUAGUGCUUAAACUGCAGCAAGAGUUGCAAUCACUCGCAACUGAUGGCGAAAGUAGUGCAGCUCUGCUUAAUUCCAAGCAGGAGGAAAUCUCCAAGCAAGCCAAUCUGUUGCAGCAGAUGGAAGCGGAUAAGGUAAGGCUACAGCAAGAUCUGACUACUCAACAGCAAAGGUAUGAACGGUCACAGUCCGAGCAUGAUGUGUUGAUAGUGGAGCUUCAUGCGCACGUCGACACUGAACGGAAUGCGAUGGUAGAGCUGAGGAAGCAAUUGCAGGGAGCUGAACAAGAAAAUCUUGCCAAAGACAAACAGCUAGAGGAAAACGAGGUGUUGGUAGGAGCGUUACAAAACGAGCUGAAGGAGCUGAACGUGUCCAAAACCAAUCUGCAGCAGGAGCUUACGGCCACAAAGGCCAGCUUUGCAGACAAGGAUGGAACGCUGUCAAACAUCUUGCAAGAAAAGACAGAUUUGGAAAAACGUCUAGAAGAAAGCAGACAGGACAUGAUGGCGAAGGUACGGCAGUUGGAGGAAGAUUUGCAAAUUCGCGAAGAGUCCUUGCGUAAGGAACUGGAGACAAAUAAAUCAACGGCUCAAGAACAACUAUCCAAACAGGAUGGUGAGCUUUCACGGCUUACUCAGGCUGGAGAAGAGCUUCAGAAACAACUGGUGGCAGCUCAGCAACAGCUUAAGGAAGAGUUAGACAAGAGAAGACAAGCGGAAGAAAAGAUAGUUGCCAAAACGACGGAAGCACAAACGCUAGAGCAGCAGCUCGCUUCACUUCAGGCAGAUAUGACCUUGAAGGGUGAACAGAUAACCAAGCUAAACACGGCACUUUCCGAAUGCAAUGUCCGGGAAGAGGCAGGUGGAAAGAAACUGUCCGAAGCUCAAGAGCAAUACGGUAAGCUCGAAAUUGAGCAUGCCGAUUUGCGACGGAAAAUGGAAGCACUCGAGCAAAAGUCCGCACAGGUGCACCAGCAGAAGCUGGAUUUAGAGAAGGAGCUCGAUACGCAGCGCUCCAGUACACUGGAUUCGAACUCGGAGCUUGCAAAGCUAAACGAUGAACUAAAGGCGAAACAGCGUGCACUGGAUGAAUUGCGUGACAGUUACGACACGCUUAAAAUCGAAACGGAACGUCGCGCGGAUGAAAAUGCUCAAAUAAAUGCAACACUUCAGGAUCAGGUUGAACGUGCUCGGCAAGAGAUGCAGCAGAUCACCAACCAGAAGGUAAUUCAGGAGAAUGAGCUCAACAUGGAGCUGCGCAAGAUCAAAGAGAACGCCGAGCAGGAGCAGGAAAAUUUGGUGCGUACGAUUGCGGAUUUGAAGACAAAUUUCGAGCAGGAACGUCAACGGAUUGCAGGGGAGCUUUCUGAGGAGGCAGCAAAGAAUUGUUCACUGAGCGAAGAGUUGGUAAUUGUGAGAAAAUCUUUGGAGAACACUGUCGAGGAGCUCAAGAGUCAACUGGAGAAUGCUCUAGUGGCGACUAAAAAGGAAGAAGAACUCAAGGAAUUCGCUGUUCGUGAAGCUACGAAGCGGGAAACGACACUUCAAAAGCAAGUACAGCAAAGUCAAGAGGAAACGAGCAACCUAAGACUACGGCUCGAGAAUGUUCAGAAGUCCAUGGAGCAAGGAAGCCAAGACCUUUCCAUCAAAAUCGACCAGAAAGCUCAACGUAUCGUUGAGUUAGAGCAGGAACUGGGCGAAAAACGAAGUCUGCUACAGAAGCGUACGGUGGAGGUGAACGAAAUGAUCGAAAAGCUUCAAGAAAAUGGUAAAGCUCACGCGGAAAUGUUGCAACAGCUACAGGAUUGCUACAGUCAGAUUGAAUCGCAGAAGAAGGCAAAUCAACAGUCCGAGGAAUCCUGUCAACAGGUACAACAACGUCUGCAAGAUUUGAAUAGUUCUUAUCGGGAGAUGGAAGAGGAACAGGUCGAUCUCGUAAGUCGUGAGGAAACGCUCAAGAAGGAACUAGCCUCACUGCAAGAUCAAAUGCAACGGGCCGCUCUCGAGCAUAAGGAGCGAUUCGACGUGAUUGCAAGUAAAAAUGAGGAGCUAUUAAAACAGCUUGAAACAGCAUCCACUGCGAAGGGAGCAACAGAAACUGAGCUAAACACAUUGAAACAGCAACUGGAAAACAAAUCUUCAGCACUAGUAGCACUGCAGGCUCAGGUCGAUGAGUUAAAUCCACUCUUACAAACGAAGGUGGAUUUGGAGGGUCAACUCCAAUCGCUAGAACAGACGGUAUCAGCAAAGGAUGCCACGGUGCUUGAGCUGUCGGGCGCACUAGAAGAGCUUAAAAAACAAACACUGCUCAAGGAUGCCAAAAUAAUGGAAAGGGACGACGAAUUUAAACAGCUUGGUGAGUCUAUGGCUACUAAGGAAACUCAGCUAAAGGACCUGCAGCAACAGUACGACUCAGUAGAGAAAAGUCUCGCCGAAAGCACGGAACACGACAAGCGCGCUUCUGGGGAGGUAGCUGAGCUAACAGUAGCACUAGAAAAAUCUCGCUCCACCCAAAAGGAGCAAGAAGAUCGUUUGAAGGAACAACAACGGCGUGUCAGUGAACUGGAGACGAAGCUGACAGCACAAACCACCCAGUUUGAUGAGCUGCUCAACCGGAAGAAAUCAUCCGAAACAGAAUAUUCGCACCGUACCCAUGAACUAUCACAGAAGCUGCUGGAAAUGGAAAGUGCCAAAAAACAAGAGAUCCAAGAACUGCAGCAACGUCUCGCAGAGCUGAUGCAGAAGGUGGAAACGCAAGUCUCCGAAACGGCACAAACCGUCAGCGGUAAGCGAGUGGCCGAAAAACGUCAGCAGGAGCUCGAGUGUGCAAAGAAGGAGCUGGAACUGCGUGAAACCGAGCUACAGCUUGCAAACCGUCGGUUCGAGAAGGAAAACGAACAUCUUCGUUCGCAGCUGGUUGUGAAGGAGAGUGAACUAACGAAGCUUGCGAUGGCAGCUAAUAACGCAGCGUCGGCAGCAGACAUCGGUGUGCGUAACAGGAUCGUCAGCGAAACAAAGGAAGAUGAUUCCGGUGCGCAGAUCGAUUUUCUCAACUCGAUCAUUGUCGAUAUGCAGCGUAAAAAUGAAAAGUUAACGCUCAGGAUACAGGCGCUCGAAUCGACCAGUGCGGAAAGUCACAACAUGAGCUUCGAGAUCCAGAAACGCAAACCAGCCCCACGUGUAUUCUGUGACAUCUGCGAUGAGUUUGAUCUGCACGAGACCGAAGACUGUCCGAAGCAAAGUUCCGACAGCCCGCCGGAAUCACUGAAGCAUCCCUCGGACGGUAAAGAGCGGAAGGUGCCACCGCCAAGGAAAUACUGUGAAAGUUGUGAAGUGUUUGGACAUGAAAUAGGCGAGUGUCCCGAUGAUGAAACGUAUUAAAGAGCAACACUUCCUCGUAAAUCAACGUACCGUGGUCAAAGCUGAUUUCUUCCGUAUGUUAUUAGCGUAGACAUUUUUCCUAGAUAGUUUUUGGAAGCAAUUUUAGGCAAAAGACCCUAAUAUGUCGUUUGGAAACGAGGGAACAGUAAUUUAUUUAACAGUAGGCGCAGCUUUAAUGUUAGAAUGGUUUCCAUCGCCUUAAUCUGGCUCUACAGCAGCAAGUAGGAAAAGAUUUCGUGCAGCGAACUUAUGUUGUUCGGUUUUUAAUUUCAUAAUUUUUUCGCGUUCGGAUGAUGAUUUAAAACACAUCAACAAAAGAAUCAAUAUGUUA